AUGGCGUCGACGCCGUGGGACUUCAUCGCCAAGCUCGUCUGCAUCGGCGACUCGGGAUGCGGAAAGUCCAGCCUCACGAUCCGCCUCUGCGAGGGCCGCUUCACGCCCCAUCACGACGUCACCAUCGGCGUUGAGUUCGGCUCCCGCAUCGUCCCCGUCGGCCCGCCCCAUUCAAAGGCCUCCCCUCCCUCGAGCGCCGCCGCCGCCGUGUCGGCGGCUGCCAGCGAUGGCCUGCCCGAACCGCCCCGCGACACGAGCCACAAGCCCCAGAAGCAUAUGAAGCUCAGUCUCUGGGACACGGCCGGCCAGGAGACGUACAAGUCCGUCACGCGGUCCUACUUUCGCGGCGCCAGCGGCGCCCUCCUCGUCUUCGACCUCUCGCGGAAGCAGACCUUCCAGCACGCCACCGAUUGGCUCAACGACCUGCGCCAGAUUGCCGAGCCCGACAUCGUCGUCGUACUCGUCGGGAACAAGGCCGACCUGACGCAGCAGGAGGAGAACAAGCGGGAGGUGACGAGGGAGGAGGCCGAGGAGUGGGCGAGGAGGAACGGCAUAAUGGAGUACGUCGAAACGAGCGCCAAGAGCGGCGAGAACGUCGAGAAGGCUUUCAUGAGGGUCGCCGAAAGCAUAUACCAGAACAUUCAAGCCGGCAAGUACGAUCUGAACGACAGGAGAUCAGGCGUCAAGGGGCCUGGUGCCGGAGGGAACCGCCAGGUCCGGUUGAACAGCGAUGCCAACAAGGCCGUCGCCGGUGGCUGCUGUUGA